AUGCCUCCUACGGGGAGUGGUAGUUCCAGGAAGAUCUCCUUCAACGUCUCAGAGCAGUACGACAUUCAAGAUGUCGUGGGAGAGGGCGCCUAUGGUGUCGUCUGUUCUGCACUGCACAAGCCAUCCGGCCAAAAGGUCGCCAUCAAGAAGAUCACACCAUUCGAUCAUUCCAUGUUCUGUCUGAGAACGCUACGAGAGAUGAAGUUGCUCAGGUAUUUCAACCACGAGAACAUCAUCUCCAUUCUCGACAUCCAGAAGCCUCGCAACUAUGAGACCUUCACCGAGGUCUAUCUCAUCCAGGAACUCAUGGAGACAGACAUGCAUCGCGUGAUCCGGACGCAAGAGCUUUCGGACGACCACUGCCAGUACUUCAUUUACCAGACUCUACGUGCAUUGAAGGCGAUGCACUCGGCGAAUGUUCUGCAUCGUGAUCUCAAGCCUUCGAACCUGCUCCUCAAUGCAAACUGCGAUUUGAAAGUAUGCGAUUUCGGUCUCGCUCGAUCAGCUGCUUCUACCGAAGACAACUCUGGCUUCAUGACGGAAUAUGUUGCCACGCGUUGGUACCGUGCACCGGAGAUCAUGCUCACGUUCAAGGAGUAUACAAAAGCCAUUGACGUGUGGAGUGUCGGCUGCAUUCUAGCAGAGAUGCUGAGCGGGAAGCCCCUGUUUCCAGGAAAGGACUACCACCACCAGCUUACCCUCAUUCUUGAUGUGCUUGGCACACCUACCAUGGAGGACUACUACGGUAUCAAGUCGCGCCGCGCUCGCGAGUACAUCCGAUCGCUGCCCUUCAAGAAGAAGAUUCCAUGGAAAGCCAUGUUCCCCAAGACCAACGAUCUAGCCUUGGAUCUACUCGAGCGAUUACUUGCAUUCAAUCCGGUCAAGCGCAUCACGGUAGAGGAAGCACUCAAGCACCCAUACCUCGAGCCGUACCAUGACCCAGAUGACGAGCCGACCGCUGACCCAAUUCCCGAAGAAUUUUUCGAUUUUGACAAAAACAAGGACAACCUCACCAAGGAGCAGUUGAAGCUUCUCAUCUACCAGGAGAUCAUGCGAUAA